GGGUGCUGGGCUGUUUCGACUGUGUGGCGCGUUUCCUGAAGCUUCCUGAGCCCUGCGCGUUGCCCGGGCGGGAGUUUUUGGGGCCGGGAGGCGGCUCUACCAGCUCCCGCCUCCGCCUUGAAAGAGGAGGACGCCGUUUCCCUUCCCGUGAGGCGGAGAGUUCCGGGCACCGUGGGUCAGGGGCGCUCCCUCUGCCCCAGCAUCCUUUUUUUGCAGGGUGGGAAACGGUAUUUGCCUCCCCUAUGUGAGCGCAGGCUGAGGGUCAGAUCUGGUCUGGAGCCCUUCGCUUCGAGUGGGGUAACCGGAGUGUAAAAAUAAUACCCCCCCCCCGGAGAAUGCAAAGAACAUCGCGAUUAAAGCGGGAGCUGCAUCUACUGACUACGGAGCCACCCCCAGGCAUCACCUGCUGGCAGAAUGAAAGUCACAUAGAUUAUCUUCAAGCUCAAAUCUUGGGUUCUGCAGAUACACCAUAUGAAAAAGGCGUUUUUGACUUGGAAGUAGUUGUGCCUGUGAGGUAUCCAUUUGAACCCCCAAAGAUGCGCUUUCUGACUCCCAUUUACCAUCCCAACAUUGACUCGUCUGGAAGAAUUUGCCUAGAUGUUCUCAGAUUGCCACCCAAAGGUGCAUGGAGGCCAUCACUGAAUAUUGCAACUUUGCUGACCUCCAUACAAAUGCUUAUGAAUGAGCCCAAUCCUGAUGACCCUCUCAUGGCUGACAUAUCCUCUGAGUAUAAAUACAACAAGCAAGCAUUCCUGAGAAAUGCCAGACAGUGGACUGAGAAAUAUGCAAGCCAGACAACUAUAACUUCGAAAACCUUAGAUGAAGAGAACCAAAGUGAGGCCAACCUGCUCAAAGAUUCUAACACUUCCCAGAAAAGGAAAGGAGGCGAUAUUAGUGGAUGCUCCAAAAAACCUCGCUCAGAAACAUAGAGGCCUUGCUGCUGUGCAGUAUCCCUGUCUGUGUCUAUGUUUACUUUUAAUUUUACUUUCCAUCUCUUAAAAAGGCUUGACAUGCUUAAUGUGCUGUUUACAAAUUAUGUAAUACUUCUCCAGUGGCUUCAGUGAUAUCGUUAUAUCCAGUACUGCUUAUGUGUUUUUAAAGCCAUUCUGCAGUUUUUCUUGUAGAAUUCUUAAAUGAUCCUUUGUCUCUUCUUGAAUUUUGUGCAUGUUCUACAUGAAAACACAUGACAAUAAACAACAGAUAUUUAAUCUU